AGGUAGAAGUAAUACAUGAUAUAGAAAAAAAAAUUGAUUGUGGACAGAUAGAAGAGCUCAUUUUACAAGCAAAUAAAGAAUUGAAGUUGGCUAGAAGUAUGUUGGAAUGGAGAUCUUGGGAACAACAAAUUAAUAAAAAUUUUGAUGACCAAUGGUCAUGGCCACCACACUCAUAAUAUUUGAAGUUGUAAUGUAGAUGGAAAAGCGUGUAGUUCAAAUUUUUUUUUAUUCUUAUGUGCAGAUUACACAAUAAAAGAAUAUCAUUUCUUUUAAUCUAAAA